CUCUUGACAACAUUCACGGAUAUUUUUUACAACCAUUCCGUCCGUAAUUAAAUAGUUAUUAAUAUCGGAAGACGGUACAUUUUUUUUUCGAAUUUUUUAACUUAACAAUGCGAGGUCGGAUUUCAUUAACACUGAUCGUGUGUUUUCACGUUUGUUUAUGCCUAACCUCUUAGUGUAACAAUGUUAUAAGUACGUAAAACUGUUGCAAUAACAAUUAGUAAUUAAAAUGCCGGAGAAUAAAGAGAAAGAGGAAGAGAGGCCUGUCGUUGCAAAAAGUGCAAUCGAUUUACAGCGAUUAAAGCUUCAAAAGUUAAUGAAAAAUCCUGAAAAGCCUGUUAUAUUGCCGGAACGACCUAAAAGUAAGAAUACACCAACAGUGCCAGAAUUUGUUCGAAAUGUGAUGGGCAGUAGUGCAGGUGCAGGCAGCGGAGAGUUUCAUGUGUACAGACAUCUACGGCGUAAAGAAUAUGCAAGACAGAAGUUUAUUCAAGAAAAGGGGCGUAAGGAACUUUUAGAUGAGGAGUAUCAUAAAAAGCUAGAAGAGAACAAAAAAACAGCCGAAGAAAUAACAGCAAAAAAACGAGCAAAAAGAUUAAAAAAGAAGCAGAAAUGGAAACAAAGAAAAAGAUCGAAAUUAGUAAAUGUAGGUAAAAGUAACAAAAACGAAGACAGCAAUUCGGAAAAACAAAGUUCGAGCGAAUCAGAGUCGGAUGACAAAAAUGAUAACGAAUACAAAGUUAUGUCUAACGAUGAAACUGAAGACAGUGCAGUUGAAAAUAACAAAAAUGUACAAUGUCUAUCGUCAUCUGUAAAUGAAAGUAUAGAUGAGAACAAUAUAAAUCAAAAUGAUGAAUCACGUUUGCAAAACGAGUGUAACAUGAAAAAUGACUUGGAAAUUGUUCAUGAUAGCGAAGUAUCUAAUACGGAAAGUGAAAAAUCGAGUCAUAUUGACCAUAAAGAUGCAAGUUGAAAUAACAAUACAGAAUGUAUAAGCACAAUUGUUGAAAGCUGCUGUGACUAUAACUUUUGUAUUUAUAUCCAAUCAUGAUUCUUGCUACCGGAAUGAUCAAAAUACGUAUUUUUUACAAACAUGA